AUGCUACCUGGAGAAUACAAAUAUUUGAGUAUAAUUGCUAAAACUUGGAAUGAAGUCUAUUUAGCUGAAAAUAUAAUAUCCAAGCAAAAAUGUUGUAUCAAACAAGUUUUGAUUGAUUCGUUUUUAAGAGAAAAGUUUUAAUAAGAAAUAUAGAUUUUGCAAAAAAUAAAAGCUAAUCCUCAUCCUAAUAUUAUUGCAUUUGAAGAUAGCUUCUACUAUGAGAAGGUUACAACAUAGGAUAAAGUAAGAAUUUGCCAUUUAAAUGCAGUCUAUCACUUUUGGGUGCAUUGUGAUGGAAUUGGGCAUAACCAAUUUAUCUCAAUACAUUAAAUCUAAAAAAUAGUCUGAUCCAGAUUUCAGAUUUAAAGAAUAAGAUGUGGCUAAUUUUUAUCUUACGAUGAUUAAGGCUCAUUAACAUCUCUAAGAUAUGAAAAUUGCACAUAGAGACAUAAAACCUGAAAAUAUAAUACUAGUAAAUGAUGAAAAUUUAAACUUCAAAGUUUGUGAUGUAACUUAGUUAAUUUAUAAAGCAAGGUGGGUUUUGGUACUGAAAUUAUUGAUGAGGAAUCAAGAUCUCGUACUAUAGGAGGAACAAUAGGAUAUCAAUCUCCAGAAAUUUAUACAGCAUUUAAAAGGAGAAAACCUUAGGCAAAAUAUAAUCCUUAUAAAAGUGACGUAUUUUCAUUAGGACUGGUAUUUCUAAUUUUUGGUACUACUUAAUCAAUGAGCAAAUAAGUAAGAGAUGUAAUUUAAUUUAUAGUAAAGAGAAGAGUUAUUUGAUGAUGAAAGAAAACUAUUUAAUUUUUUGAAGGAGUAAAGAAAAAAAAUUAAAGAGACUUAUCCUCGUAUCAAAGGGAUUUCAAAGAUAUUAAAAUUAAUGUUAGAAAUAUCCCCUGAUGAUAGAUAUGAUUUUAUUUAAUUAAAUGAAAUAAUUCGUGAAAGACUCUAUCUUGAAGUAAAAUAGGUAAAUUAAAAAUUAAAAUUGGUAGGUUGCAAAAAUAAAUCAUCAGCACUUAUAAUCCAUUACUUAAUAUGAUGAUUUUUAAUUGGAUAUAAAGAAUAAGGAAGAUGUUCAAUUAGAUUUGAAUGGAAUGUAGAAUAAAACUUAAGAAGAAUUAUUAAAAUUUUUAGAGACAAUAGCUUAAUAAGUGAAGAAUUUUUAAAUGAUUACAUUAUAAAUAAAAUUAGAGAUGAGUCAUUUAAAUGUAAGAACAGUAGCUCCAUUAGAAAAGUUAUUAAGUAGAGCAUAAAAUUUAAAAGAAUUAUCUUUACAAUUAUGGAAGUAUAGAGAUAUUGUUUAAUAUAAAGUAACAAAUUAGGAAAUUUGGGAUUGUUAAUGUUAUCAAAAACAAUAAUGAAGAUGGUUGGUUUAGAAAAGUUAAAUUUAGAAGUAUCAAACAAUAUGUUAUCAGAUGAAGGAAUAAAUAAUUCUUUACCUCUUUUAGAGGGUUUAAAAAAAAUGGUUGAACUUCGUUUAGAUUUUGGAUUGUAUUAUAUGUAAUGUUAAUAAAUAUAGAAAUCAUUUACCUAUGGAAUGUUGCGAGGCUUUUUUCACAGUGAUUUGUGGAAUGCCGAAAUUAAAGAAAUUAGAUCUUAAUUUAGAAAGCAAUUAUAUGAAUUAAGUAUUAUCUAAGAUGGUUAAUUAAUCACUUAAGAAAUUACCUAAUUUGAGUCAUUUAAUUAUCAAUUUUUCUAAGUAUUUUAUUUGUAAUUAUAUUAUAGUAAUCCAAUGCAUAAUGAAGGUUUAUAUGAAUUAGGUGAAAGUAUAUCUGGUUUAGAGUAUUGUGAAUUAAUUUUAUGGGGUUGUUAAAUAAAGGAUAUGGGAAUGGAAGAGUUUUCAAAGGGAUUAUAAAAAUGUGAGAAAUUAAAAUAAUUGAAUUUAACAUUAUGGAAUAAUUCAAUAACAAAAAAAGGUUGUGAAGCUUUAGGUUAAGCAUUAUUGAAAUUAACGAAAUUAAAUUUAUUAGUUAUUGAUUUAUCAAAAAAUAAAAUUGAAGAUGAUGGUGUGCGAUUUUUAGCUAAGGCAAUUCAUGAAAUGCAACAACCAUUAAGAGAAUUGAAAUUAUGGAUUGAAAAGUAUGAUAGAUUUAUUAUUUAUUAUUAAAGUGUAAAUUGUUCAUCAUAUGGAUUGAGAUAUGUUAAUAGAUUUUUAACUAGUUAAAAGAAAUUAAAAAGCAUCAAUUUGAAUUUAAGAUCAAAUUAAAUUGGAUUAAAUGGUAUGGAAUUAUUAUACAAUUGUUUUGGAGAGGCAGUGUAAUUAGAAGAAGUGAAAUUAAUUUUAGAUCAGUAUUAUAAUAAUUAUAUAUUAUAUAGUAAUCCUUUAGGAGAUGAAGGAGUAGACACUUUACUCAAAGGACUUUAAAAAUUAAAAGAAUUAUAAAAAUUAAUUUUAAGUUUAGAGAGUGUUUAAGCUACUGGAGCUUCAGUAACUAUUAUGCUGUAAUCCAUAAAAUUAUGGCCUGAAUUAAAAGACUUGCAUGUAAAUUUACUUAAGUAAUUUUAAUUAAAUUUAUAAUAUAUAGGAAUCAAACUGAUUAGGCUGAUGAAAUGAAUUUGAAAUGUAGAUUGUUGGAGGUAUAAUCACAAGCAAAGAUCAAUAUUGAAUUAAAGUUUAUAAAUUAAUAAUGA